AUGCCAGGGUCUGCAGAGCCACAUUUGAUGAAUCGAUAUUACGAUUUUGUUGAAUCAGCACUUAUUGGUGCAUCCACAAGAUCUCUUCAAAAUUUUGAGUUCCAAGAAUUUUGGUCUUCAAACAGAGCCCAAAGUGUUACUCAACAGACAAUUUAUGACAAGAUUUCAGAGAUCAAGGAUAUAUUAAUCAGAGGGUCUGAUACGACGAAUCAACCCUUGUUGCAUCAAAGAUUUGCUUUCAGAACGUUCUUCAUUUUCCCUGAUAUUUCUGUCCUUCAAUGCUUAAGAUUCACCCCAUUAGAUAAUGGGAAUCGCUACGUCCUUUAUAAAAAUAAGAUUCCUGAUUUGAUUUUCAAUAAAGCAAUUUCUGUUGCACAUUUUAGCUCCUCAGAGAUCCCCGAUUCUUUCUUCGGAAGGGUUUUCAAUAGUAUGAGUGAUAGGUUUGAAAAAACUAUAACUGAAGGAUUUCCAGAUCCAGUGGGAAGACCAUCCGCAAGAUUUGAGGACGCUAUAACUGAAAGAACCAGAGGUCAUUAUAGAGGUAUGUUUGAAUACUUUUCAGAGCAUCAUGGUAUAAAUGCCGAUACUUUAGGUAAUAAGCAGUUCAAAGAUAGAGCUCGUAUAUAUUUGGAAAGAGCCUGUUUGCGCCCAAUCAUGUUUAUGUUUAAAGGAUUUUUCAAAGUGGAAAAAAUGUUUGAAUGUGAACCUUUAAAAUUAUUGAAGGAGACAGUUGAUAUUUGUGAUAGGCGUGGGAAGGUUGUUCAUUCAUUUCCCUGGGAAUUAAGUAGCUUGGAUAUGGAACGCAAGGAUGGUCAAGUUUUCAGAUUACCUAUUUUAUUUGUUGAUUCUUGUACAAGCCAACUAUAUUCAGAUAUCUGUUUUGACCCUAUUUUGAAAAAAAACAUCAGAAAUGCACUUGUUUCUAUGAUUGCCACAAAUACUCCCAGAUGCAUUAUUAUUGAUUGUUCCCAAAUGUUUUAUUUUGAAUUGGAUGCAAUUGAUAAUGAAAUUGAAGUGAAUCAGAAAGAGGUCCGUCUGCCUCUUCGAUACAAAUUUAUGGAUAUUGACACUGCAGGAUUAACAGCCACUAUGGUGAUUGCUUCCUUAAUUUAUCAUGGGUAUUUUAUAAAAAGAGACACUGACUUUGUGAAAGAUAAAAGAAUUAUGGCUGAUGCAAAGAAACUCUUUAUGAGAAAUUACCACGAACUGACUUUUGAAAUAAAGAAAUUCUCAGAUGAGAUUUAUUUGGAUCAGGAAAUUCAGGAACAUCAUCAAAGAUUCAAGAGAGUAAUUUUCGAUACGAAAAGACACGGAAAACUCAAUUACAGCGGUGAAAAUUUUGACAGCAGGAAAAGUUUCCAAACAAUUCGCAUGUCAUAUGAACAAUAUCAGAAAACCUUUCAAAUCACUACACCGCUUGACGAUAGAGGUAAACAUGGUGUUAUAUUGAGGAUUUUUGAUCCAAUCAGAAGAAUAAUUGGUGGUCAAUUCUUAGAUGUUGUGGAUAGCCCCCGUGCAAUGUUUGAACUAUGUCAACAGGAGUAUCAAGACACUCUAACAGCAUUCAAAGAGAUUACUUCUUACAAUAACACUACGUCUGAUAUCGAUGCCAAAAUAAACCUCCCAAGGGUUCACGAGAAUGGUAAUAUUGUUUUUUCGACAAGGAACAGGAAGAAGUUUUUUUGUGGUGCAUAUAUUGUUAUUGAAGAGAUAAAAGGUCAAAUUAAAACCCCAGAGGAGAUGUCGCUUGCUUCCAAGCAGCUUGACUUGAUGCACAACUUGUUUAUGGUUUUUGAUGGGCAAUUGGAAUUAGAGGAUAUUGUUGUUCAGGAUGGAAAAGUGUUUUUCACAAAUUUUGCAAGUUGCUUUAUUUUGUACGCUGGAUGCUUACCUUAUAUGGAAGAAGAUAUACGAAGACUUAGAAAGUUUAGAAAAGAGAUAUUAGGAGAAGAUGAAAAUAGUAACAUAUCAUCACCAUUGGAUGCUAGCCCAUCGGUUACUUAG